UUUUCCAACUCGGUCCUUCUUGAUUCCAACUCCCAUUUCCCUAUAUAAACCCUAACCUCCCUCGUCUUUCGACACCCAGCUUCAGCCCAUCUGUCCUUCUCCUUCUCUCCCGUGCGUAUGGGUGGCCGGAAAAUGAGUUCUUGUUUGGAAGAAGUUAUACCCAAAUGCCUGCUUCUGACUAUUUGGGCCUUUCUUCUGCUGGCCAGAAACGGAGCGGAGGCAUUUCAUAGGCUUGCCACCACAGAAGAACUCCAAAAGGUUCCUCCUGCAACCAUCACUAACCGCACAGGUUUUCAUUUUCAAGCCCCCAAGAACUGGAUUAAUGAUCCUAAUGGGCCAAUGUACUACAAUGGAAUCUACCACUUAUUCUACCAGUUCAACCCGAAAGAACCUGUUUGGGGAAAUAUCGUGUGGGCGCACUCCUACUCAACCGACCUGAUAAACUGGAAGCCACUCGAGCCCGCCAUUUACCCCACGAAGCCCUUUGAUAUCAACGGCUGCUGGUCCGGUUCGGCAACCAUUCUCCCGGGUAACAAACCGGUCAUCAUGUACACAGGUAUUGACCAACAAAACCGACAGGUUCAGAACGUGGCCUACCCGAAAAACCUGUCCGACCCGUAUCUCCGGGAAUGGGUCAAACCCGAUUACAACCCGGUCAUCCGACCCGAAGGCGACAUAAACGCGACCGCUUUCCGCGAUCCGACGACCGCGUGGUACGGCCACGACAGAACGGGGGUGCUUUACCGGAGCCGUGAUUUUAUCAAAUGGGUGCCGGCGAAGCAGCCGCUGCACUCCGUGAAGGAUGCGGGGAUGUGGGAAUGCCCUGAUUUCUUUCCCGUGUUGAUGAAGCCUCUGGUGGGUUUGGAUAACUCUGCUAACGAUAAUGGGUUGAAACACGUGUUUAAGGUCAGCUUGGAUGCUAACAGGUAUGACUAUUACACGUUGGGGAUCUAUGAUUUUAUACACGAUAAAUACGUGCCGGAUGGGUCGUCGCCGGAUAAUAACACGGGGCUGAGGUUUGAUUACGGGAACUUUUAUGCUUCAAAGACAUUUUUUGACGAGGGGAAGGGGAGGAGAAUCCUGUGGGGUUGGUCGAAUGAGUCUGAUAGCAUAGAGGAUGAUUGGGGGAAGGGAUGGGCGGGUAUUCAAACGAUUCCGAGAGCUAUUUGGCUGGAUGGCAAUGGUAGGCAGGUGGUGCAGUGGCCGAUUGAGGAGGUGAAUAAACUGAGGGGAAAGAGGGUAGGGAUAUAUAACAGGAGCGUUGAGAGCGGGGGUGUGAUUGAGAUAAAAGGAAUUGAGAGCGUGCAGGCUGAUGUGGUGGUUAAGUUUGAUGUGUCUUCUGGGUUAGAUAAGGCUGAGAAAUUUGAUGUGGCAUGGAGGGAUCCACAGAAGCUCUGUUUUGAGAAAGGAGCUGAUGCGAAAGGUGGGAUUGGAGCCUUUGGACUUUAUGUUCUAGCUACGGAUGACAGAGAGGAAAGAACUUCUGUUUUCUUUAGAAUCUUUCAGCUGGGACAAAAGCAUGUGAUUCUAAUGUGCCAUGACCCGACCAAAUCCUCAAAGAGUUCAGAUUUGUACAAGCCAACAUAUGGAAGCUUCGUGGACUACGACUUACGUAGAAGUGGUGGAAAGUUAUCCCUCAGAACCCUGAUUGAUCACUCGGUUGUGGAGAGCUUUGGAGCUUAUGGAAGAACUUGCAUAACAUCAAGGAUUUAUCCAGAUUAUGCAGUCGGUUCCAAUGCUCGUCUUUUUGCUUUCAAUAACGGGGCUGAAGAUGUAAAAAUAGUACAGCUCCGAGCAUGGGAGAUGAGGAAGCCAUUAAUGAAUGGAGCUUAAUUGUUCAUUAAUAUUUUAUUAAUUGCUUUCUUUUUUUCUACAAUAUGUCUGUUAGAAAACAUUGGGUUGAUUUAAUAAACCAUUUUUGGGGUUCAGCGUA